AUGUUCAACACUUCUGGCGUCACAACAGCUCUUCCUGCACCCGAAGGCUAUGUUGUGGAUUUUGGCAAUCCGCAGAGGCGUGAUGUCUUGGAGACAUAUGUGACACUGAGCGUCGGCAUGAUUGUUGCUCUCUUCUUCCUGUUCCAGAGAAUGUAUGUUAAGAUAGUCAUCCGCAAAAGGUUUGGCGUGGAUGACGAGGCUGCAAUGGAUGGGUAUGUGGGAGUCCAUGGCUGGGAAGUUCCCGUUGAAAAGUUCAAAGACUUUACGUUUUACAACAGCUACAUAAACCCCAUCGUCUACGCAAUCCCACCCGGGGCCUGCAAGAUGGUUAUUCUCAUGUUCUUUCUCGAGAUCAACAGCAGCACAGAUUGGUUCCGACGGUCCGUCUACUUCACCAUGUUCGUGGUCGUCGGCUCCAGCCUCGGAAUACUCUUCAGCUCCAUCUUUCCGUGCAAUCCUAUCCAGUCCGCCUAUGACUUGGCGACGCCUGGAACGUGCAUCGAUCGAGUAGCUACUUUCAAGGCGACCGCCGCUUUGGGAGUCAUCACGGACAUCAUGAUCAUAUGUCUUCCGAUACCCAUGGUGUUGAAUCUGCAAGUGUCCACUAGAAAGAAAAUCGGCCUUCUUUCUCUCUUUGGAAUUGGCUCAGUGACUGUCUUCACCUCCAUUGUCCGCCUCUACCUGCUUAUCACGAUCCUGAACGAUCCUGACCAAACUUGGGGUGCCAUUUUCAUCAAUCUUUGGGUUGGCGUGGAAGCGAAUCUGCUGGUCAUGUGCGCCUGUCUUUCUACGCUGCGCUUGUUCUUCCACACUGUUUCUCCAAAGCUCUUCUCCUCCGCUGCAGCUAUAACAGGCCAAUCCGGAGGGGUCUCUGGCAACGGUCUGCAGACUAUUGGCGGCACUGGCGGGGUUGGUUCAGGCCCCAGCCGUCGCCGUUACAGCCGUUUCGACCGUAGUCAGAACGAACCUGCAUACAACCUCGACACCUUUCAUGUGCAGAUCAAAAGCGGGCCAGGAGAUCGGGAUGACGAGCAACCGGGACGCAGGAGCUCGAUAGGGGGUGUUCAUGACCCUGACAGUAGCAGCGAGAGGGGAAUCAUACAGACGACUGAGACCCAUAUACACUACUCAAAAACAUAG